AUGAGGGUUGCUGUCGUGAGGACAAAGCUUGAGAGUGGCUGGCUUCCUGGGGGAGCCAGGCAGCUUAGGAGUGGAAAUACUGAGUGGGACCAGAGUCGGAAUUCGAUGCCGCCCCGCAGAGGACACAGCGCUGGCCCCAGGGGGCCGGGAGUAUUCGGGAGAACGUGGGAGGCGCUGACCCGUCGGGGCAGAUGGAGAAGGGUGAAACUGGAGGAGGAGGACGUGGUGGAGCGUCAGGACCUCGGGACUGAUUUCGCCUGCGGGGCCCGUCUCAGUGGCGAGGAUGGUGCAGAGUGA